CUUCCCAUUCAUCGUCUUUAGCUCACACGGGACGCCAACCGAAUUUCCGAAGAGCUACGCAGUGGAAAGCGAAGAGAUGGCGUGGACAGGACAGCUCUCGAGAAAUCUCAAGGAGAUUCGGAUCUUAUUCUCGCCUAAUUCACCUUCCAGCGCUCCUUUGAGGGCUUUUAUUGAGAAUAACUACAAACAAAUCAAGACCCAUAAUCCUAAAUUGCCCAUCCUUAUCCGGGAGGCCAGCUCCAUUGAGCCUCAGAUUUGGGCCAGAUUCGAUAUGGGAGUUGAAAGGGGCUUCCAAUUAGAAGGCUUCUCAGAGCAACAGAUUUCGAAAGCACUGGAAGACUUGGUGAAGGCUGGAGCAUCCUGAAACUUGAUUCCGUUGGACUGUUAAAUGGUCUACCUUUUAAUUCAGCGCUCGUAUUGAUGUCAUAAUGCUUGGCAUUAUACACUCAAAUAAUUAUACGACCAUCAUCUAUUGCUUGUUUUGUAGUCUUAAGAAUAUGCAGCUUUUGAUGUGUCUUUAGAUACAAGUGCAAGGAGAGAAGUGUUUGAAGCUCUGAUCUCACAAUCUGCCUUCAUUAAUAACCUUUGGACAUUAUUUUGUUUGAACUCAUCUAUCAAGUACCCAAUUAUUGUUUCUGACAACUCUACUAGUGUUGAAGUUUAAGAUUGUUCCUUU